AUGAAUGAAAUAGAUUCUAUUAUUCAAAGAAUUUUAGAAGGUCAAGAUCCUACUGUAGAGGAUGUAAAUCUCGUAUGCUCCAAAGUAUAUCCUAUAUUAAAGCAUGAACCAAAUGUUCUCAGAACAACAUCACCUAUGACUCUUUUAGGAGAUGUACACGGCGAUUUUGAUGAUGUACUCGAGAUUUUCAAUAUAUUUGGAUAUCCAACAGAUGGAAAAUAUUGCUUUGUUGGUGAUUUUGUCGAUAGAGGUGAUAAAUCAGUUCAUACAAUAGUAUUACUAUUUGCAUACAAGAUUAAAUUCCCAGAAACGUUCUAUCUUGUUCGUGGAAAUCACGAAGGUUACAAUAUGACUGCAACAUACGGAUUUUACGAUGAAAUUUUACGACGCUACGGAGAUUACAACAUUUGGCGUGUUUUCAUUGAUGUUUUUAUGGCAAUUCCUAUUGCGAUCUUAAUUGAUAACAAUAUUUUAGGCGUUCACGGCGGAUUAACGCCAUUUCUCGAAACAAUUGAGCAACUAGACCAACUUACACGAACAAUACCCGAUACAGGCUCUGCUCCUCCAACACAAUUUCCUAUUUUGAAAGAAAUCAUGUGGAACGAUCCAUCUGAGGCGCCAGGUAUUCAGCCAGCUAUAAGAGAAGGUGGAAAAUGCUGGGGACCUGAUAUAUCUGCCAAGUUUAUUGAGAAAAAUAAUCUCAAAUUUGUUGUUCGAGGACACGAAGCGGUCAACUCGGGAUUUAAGUGGAACCAUGAUAAACGAGUCCUUACUAUAUUCUCUGCGCCCAGUUAUGUGGGCGGAUUCCACGAAGGAGCUGCUCUUGAAGUUAUUUCUCCAACAGAGAUCCAAAUUACAAAAUUUAGACCAAAAACAUGGGAAGAUACACUUUACGAUACAGUAUUCAAUAAUUUCUCUCCUCUUUGA